GUGUUUUCCCCCUCUCUUUCUUCUGGUUGUUGUACGGCCCGUCGCACGCCAGUGUGUUUUGCAGCAGCUCACAGAACGGCGCUGUGCGUGUAGGUCGCAUUGACCAAAACCCGAAAUCGGUGCGGAAGUUUACCCGAAAUCGGUUCCAUUGCUCUCAGUGGCGGUGUGUUUUUUUCUGGUAGUGCCUGGUGCUGUUGCUGCGAUUCCGCACGCGGGACGCUGCUGUUUUUGGGCCGUAGCUUCCGUGGAUGAUGUCAGAAGAAUUGGCCAGCAGCUGCUGCUCGUUUGGCGCUUCGUCGUCGUCGCACGCAUAAACGAAGGCUUGGGAGUGCGCGCGCGUGUGUGUGUGUUUUUGCGUGGGCAUUUUGUGUGUUGCCGCCGGGGCCCAGUGCAGUGUGUGGCCAGGGAACGCUUCGAACGUGGAUUCGCUCCGAUCCCGGCGAGUCGCCAAUUUGCAGUAGACACAUCCCGAAACAUCCCCUACACGCACACACACGCACACCGAAAGGACCAACAACAAAGUGCAAGUGUGUUUGUGCGUGUGUGAGACAGAACAAUCAACCCCCGUCAACAGGAAGCACCCCGAGUGUGACAAAACCCGUAGCGAAACAUCUGCCAGGAAGAGCAGGUCAGGGAACGCGCACCACCAGCCCUGUCGCGCGCUCAGUCAACCAUCAACCACCGGGAAAAGCAAAAUGAACCCGAACGUGGUGACGCGCAGCAGCGCCAAGCAGUCGAAGGUUCGGACCCGCGCCCAGCAGGCAGCAACGGAGGCGGAGCAGGAGGAGCGGCGGGUGAAGCUGUACGGUGGCUAUCGGUCGACCGGCAAGGGCAGCAUAGCGGAGGCCAAGAAGCAGGGCAAGCUGAGAAUGUCCGCCACCAGUCAGAACGGCACGGGGGCCGGCGGCGACCAGCGCCGCAGCUCCGACUUUACCGAGGUGCAGCUGAAGGACAUCUUCCAGAACGCGCAGAGCGGGGCGCGGACGGUGCGCGGCCCCACCGGCAUCCUGUACGACGAGCGGUUCGCGCUGCACCGCUGCCUGUGGGACACCAACUAUCCGGAGUGCCCGGAGCGGUACCUGCGCGUGAUGGAGCGCUUCACGAUCGGGCAGCUGGUCGACCGGUGCCAGUUCGUAGCGCCCCGGCCGGCCACCCGGGCCGAGCUGCUGACCAAGCACACGGCCGAGCAGAUCGAGCUGCUGGCGCAAAUGCACGGCUCGCAGGACGAGCCCGAGCUGGAGCGGCUGAGCUCGCACUACGACGCCAUCUUCAUCCAUCCGACGUCGUACGAAACGAGCGUGCUGGCGGUCGGCAGCACGAUCCAGCUGGUCGAGAGCGUGUGGAGCGGGACGGUGCAGAACGGGAUGGCGAUACUGCGGCCGCCCGGCCACCACGCGAUGACCGCCGAGUACAAUGGGUACUGCUUCUUCAACAACGUGGCGAUCGCAGCCCAGCACGCGCUCGACCAUCUCGGCACGCAGAAGAUACUGAUCGUCGACUGGGACGUGCACCACGGGCAGGGCACGCAGCGGAUGUUCUACUCCGAUCCGAGGGUGCUGUACUUCUCCAUCCAUCGGUACGAGCACGGCACGUUCUGGCCGAACCUGCGCGAGUCCGACUUUGACUACGUCGGCACCGGCAAGGGCGAGGGGUACAACUUCAACGUGCCGCUCAACAAGACGGGCAUGACCAACGGCGACUACCUCGCGAUCUGGCAGCAGCUGCUACUGCCGGUCGCCACGGAGUUCGCUCCCGAGCUGAUUAUCGUGUCGGCUGGUUAUGAUUCUGCCCUGGGCGACGAAAAGGGCUGUAUGGAAAUAACGCCCGCGUUCUACUCGCACCUGCUCAGCCCGCUGCUGCUGAUGGCGCAGGGGCGCGUCGCCGUCGUCCUGGAGGGUGGCUACUGUCUCGAGUCGCUUGCCGAGGGCUGCGCGCUCACGCUCAAGACGCUGCUCGGCGAUCCGGCCCCACGGCUGGCGGAAGCGCUGCAACCCCCGUCCGAGAGCAUGCAGGCGUCCAUCCUGAACUGCAUCUACAGCCACCGGAAGUACUGGAAGUGUUUGCAGCUGUACGAGCUAUACGACCUGGAGGACUACAACAACACCAACCCGCAGGACAACUUCCACAAGGUGAUCAAAUGCUACGUGCCGCCGGAACCGCCGGCCCAGCCCGGCCGGUACGAGACGCGCAACUGCUACCCGGUGCAGUCGGCGGACCAGCGCGCCCGCAUCCAGGACCGGCUGGCCCGGCUGCACCUCGCCACCGAUCUGAGCUUCCCGCCCGACCGCGUCUGCUACGUGUACGACGAACUGAUGCUCGAGCACCGCAACAGUGCGGAAAAGUGGCACCCGGAGCAGCCGGAGCGCAUCGCGAAGAUCAUGCAGCGGCUGACCGGGGACUACCAGCUGGCGCAGCGCAUGAAGCGGCUGCCGGGCCGGCUCGCCACCACCGAGGAGCUGUGUCUGGUGCACGGGCCGGAGCACGUGCGCCUGAUCGGCGAGGUGUGCCAGUCGAGCACGAUGAAGCAGACGGCCGACCAGUACAACUCGAUCUACUUCCACCCGAGCACGGACGCGAGCGCCCGCAUGGCGACCGGCUCGGUGCUGACCGUGGUGGAGGACGUGCUGGAGGGCCGCACCCGGUCGGGCGUGUGCGUGGUGCGCCCGCCCGGCCACCACGCGGAGGCGGACACGCCGCACGGCUUCUGCAUCUACAACAGCAUCGCGGUGGCGGCCCGGCAUGCGGUCAAGCGGUACGGGCUGCGGCGCGUCCUGAUCGUCGACUGGGACGUGCACCACGGCAACGGCACGCAGCACAUCUUCGAGCAGGACCCGCACGUGCUGUACGUCUCGGUGCACCGGUACGACAAUGGGGCGUUCUUCCCGCGCAGCACCGACGCGGACUACACCGUCGUCGGCAGCGGGCCGGGCCGGGGCUUCAACGUGAACAUCCCCUGGAACCGGAAGGGCAUGGGCGACCCGGAGUACGUGGCCGCGUUCCACUCGGUCAUACUGCCGAUCGCGUACGAGUACGAGCCGGAGCUGGUGCUGGUGUCGGCCGGGUUCGAUGCGGCGAUCGGCGACCCGCUCGGCGGGUGCCGCGUGACGCCCGAAGCGUACGGCCACUUCACGCAGUGGCUGUCGGUGCUGGCGGGCGGCAGGCUCGUCCUGUGCCUCGAGGGCGGCUACAACGUCAACUCGAUCUCGCACGCGAUGGCCAUGUGCGCGAAGGCGCUGCUGGGCGAUCCGCUGCCGAUGCUGCUGCCGGUUAGCGGCACCGCCCGCACGCCCCCGGCGACGCACGCGUCCUGCUGCGAGACGCUCUCGAACGUGCUGUCCGUGCAGCGGCUCUACUGGCGGUCGCUCUGCUUCAACAAGAAGCUGCCGAGCAGCGAACCGCUGCUGGAGGAGGCCGGCAGCGAGCUGAUCGAGGCGCUCGACAAUAUGACGCUGAGCGAGCGGGGCGGCACCGACCAGCAGCAGCCGCAGCAAACCACGUCCACCCCGUCGUCGUCGUCGUCCGCUGCGACGGCUGGCAGCAGUGGGGGUGAGCAGGCGGCGGGCAGCUCCAAACAACCGUCCCAAACGCUGACCGAAUUUUUGGAGGCUAACUUAGAGGCACUGCAGAACGAGGAAAUGUUUGCCGUAAUACCGCGCCGCGACUGUCCCCAUCUGAAGCUGCUGCGACCGGAAACGGCCCCCGAGGCAAUCGACACGCGCACACCGUGCAGUGACUGUGGCGCGGAGGUGGAAAACUGGAUCUGUCUGCUCUGCUUCGGCGUGUACUGCGGCCGGUACGUGAACGAGCACAUGCUGCGGCACGGUACCGGGGCGGCCGACCAUCCGCUCGCCCUCAGCUUCGCCGACCUGUCCGUCUGGUGCUACGGGUGCGACGCGUACAUCGACCAUCCCGCCCUGCACCACUACAAGAACCUGGUGCACCAGGACAAGUUCCACGAGCCGCUCGUCUGGUCGUACGGCAGCGACCUCGUGCUGGACGUCGUGCCGGGCAGCGCCGGCCGCAAGGCGGGACAGGACUGAUAUUGGCCGGACGUCUCGAAGGUGAUCUUUCGAGUGUUGGUGCUGUUUCUGCUGAAAAACAUUCUCGUCGGUUACCUGAAGUAGGCAAAAAAGCGGGAGAGAGCGAACAAAAAAACAACAAACAAACACGCCUCCCAGAGAUUGCGCUAGCCCUUGCUUUAAAAAAACAACUUGCAUUACAGCGUUUUCCAGGUGUUCUCAUGGUUGUGGGAAUUCCUUCCUUGAUUCUUUCUUAUUGCAAGUGAACUUCAUGUGUUGGAAAUUAGACUCUAUUGGCACGCUUGCUGGACAGGCUUCCUGGAUAUUCGUGUUGGAUUUGUCCAUCAAGGGUGCUAUAGAGUCCAAUUCCCAUUACAUUAAGUUCAUUUCACGUAAGAAGGGGUCAAUAACGUGGCCCACAGCUAUGAGCACUCCUGGCAAACUCUUGUACUGGGGAAAAUGGGGAUGUACCACGGGUUGCUGUACGGCCUGAACGCUCUCCGCCAACCGGUUCCGUUGUAACAUAUCUUUCCGUACCAAAAUGUGCCGGCAGCGGUAACUAUUUAUCAUAUAUACCAUACGUAACGUCAAACUAACGCGCGUCGCGUCAUCCUGCUGUCGUCCCCACUGUACACAAUGUUCGUUCUAAUCCGCUGUAUGCACAAUUUAACGAUUCCUCUUGAAUGUGUGCAUGUGUGUGUGUGUGUUUUUUUUUCGUUCUCAACGGGAGCAUAACGAUACCGAUAAGGGCUACUUACGAUAAGUGUUACAGAGACUAUAUAGAGCGUAGAGCGGGAUAGGAUACAGAAGCUGAGGGACAACGUUAAUGACUCUUGUACAAAUCAAGCAUGCAACAGUGCGUGAAUGUUGAAAGCAACGGGUGGCGAAAGUAGAGUGGAACAGCCACUGGCCACUGUUAAGAUUUGUUUUUUUUGCCGGGGUGGGGAAAUGGAAAAGUUUGUUGAAGAAUUGUGUAACUUGUGUUUAGGAUAUACUAGCUCAAACCAAUUAUACUGCAACUAACCAAUUUGUAGAGCGCGUAGUAGUAGACAAGCGAGCAAAAAGUAAAAGUAAAAGGCAUAUGUUAACUAGAUAUUAACUAAGCAAAUUCUAUUAGCCCGACUAAAACUGUGCAACAGCAGGCGCACACACACACGUGUGGUAACAAAACAAUACUAAAACAUUUAACGCUAGCGCUGUUUUGCACAUGUUAGGACAGGACAUCCUGGUUGGCCAUUCCAUUUUCAUCGUGUGUGUGUGUGUGUUUGUUAGAAAUUUUAGAAAUCCUUUUUUUCUGUUUGCUGUAGACCAAGAUUACGUAUUGGCGGUUGCAUUUUUAAUCGUUUUUUGCUGUUUUUUUUAAUUCCUUUUUGCGAAUGUACGAAAAAGAUGCGGUCAGGAUGGAAGUGUUAGAAUUUGAAGACGAUAGUGUUUCUGUGUUUUUUUUUCAUAUUGAAGAUUCAUUAUAUACAAAAUCAACUUGUUUCAAAUGAGAGGAGAUAGCGUGUGCGUUAGCAAUUGAGAGCAAAGGGAGAGCACGGGAGCGCGCCGGGAAAGUGUUACAAUUAUGUAUGUUUGUUCAAUAGAUUAUUAACAAAUAGUAACUAAAA